GCCAGAGCGAGUUGCCUGUGCCGGAGAGUUAGAGCCAGACCUGAGCCCUCUCCUUAGCCAGAGCCACAGAGGAUCUGCCGGCGAGCGGAGCCCAAGCAGAGCCCUCCGCCGCCCCGGUGUCUCCACUCUCGCGCCCUCCGUAGCCCUCAGCACUUCUCUUGGUCCCGCUUCCGCCCCCGGCCCCUCCGCCCAAUGAAACUGGCGGCGAUGAUCAAGAAGAUGUGCCCGACCGACUCUGAACUGAGUAUUCCGGCCAAGAACUGCUACCGCAUGGUCAUCCUCGGUUCGUCCAAGGUAGGCAAGACGGCCAUCGUGUCGCGCUUCCUCACCGGACGCUUCGAGGAUGCCUACACACCCACCAUCGAGGACUUCCACCGCAAGUUCUACUCCAUCCGCGGAGAGGUCUACCAGCUUGACAUCCUUGACACGUCCGGCAACCAUCCGUUUCCAGCUAUGCGGCGUCUCUCCAUCCUUACAGGAGACGUUUUCAUCCUGGUGUUCAGCCUGGACAACCGCGACUCCUUCGAGGAGGUGCAGAGGCUCAAGCAGCAGAUCUUGGACACCAAGUCUUGCCUCAAGAACAAAACUAAGGAGAACGUGGACGUGCCCCUGGUCAUCUGCGGUAACAAGGGGGACCGGGACUUCUACCGCGAGGUGGAACAACGCGAGAUCGAGCAGCUGGUGGGUGACGACCCCCAGCGCUGCGCGUACUUCGAGAUUUCGGCCAAGAAGAACAGCAGCCUAGACCAGAUGUUCCGCGCGCUCUUCGCCAUGGCCAAGCUGCCAAGCGAGAUGAGCCCCGACCUGCACCGAAAGGUGUCGGUGCAGUACUGCGACGUGCUACACAAAAAGGCGCUGCGAAAUAAGAAGCUGUUGCGGGCUGGCAGCGGUGGCGGUGGCGACCCGGGCGAUGCCUUCGGCAUCGUUGCGCCCUUCGCGCGCAGGCCCAGCGUGCACAGCGACCUCAUGUAUAUCCGUGAGAAAGCCAACGGCAGCAGCCAGGCCAAGGACAAGGAGCGCUGCGUCAUUAGCUAGGAGCCCCCACCGUGCCGAAGACACAAUCCAACGAGGACUUUUUUUUUUUUUAAAGUCAAGUUUGACGCCUGGGCCUGUGGGGUGCACCCCGGGCCGCGAGCGCACGCGGACUGGUGUCUUCCCUUGGAGAAAUCCGGCCAUGCGCACUGGGAAGGCGCCACCAGAGAAGAGAUGGUCAUCUGCUCUGGAAGGAAGAACUGGCAAAGACAUGGACUCCCCCACUUUUGAACUCUGUUGGCGUCUCCCAUCCCCAACAACGUGGAUGGUGGCCCAGCAGAGGGGAUAUUUGUCAGAGACCAGAAUGAGAGUAGGGAGGGGGUGUGAGGUUCAUCAGCCACUGUUGGGCGUCAAGUAACUGGUCCUCCCUGGCUUUAGCUUGAGGGUCAGGACCAUUGGGGCAUUAUCUUGUCUGUGAUUUCUCAUUGCCAGUGACAGCUGGCCAAGGCCGCUGUCCUCCGGAAAAAACUGGCGGGGGUGUGUGGGUCAAAACAUAGCCAAGAGACUUGUUUACAUAUGUGCGUGUGAAGUUGCACAAAGGAAAAACAUAAAACUUGCACUUUAAUAGUAGUUCCAGUCAACAUGGACAUGAACAAAAUCCUUUCCAGGUGUUUAUACUCUGUGUGUGUGUGUGCGUGUGUGUGUGUGAAAUCUUUAAAGUUAUUGUUGUUUUUUUAAUAUAAAAUAAAAUAAUUUAACAU